AUGAAGUUAUCCUUACUAUGGCCCAAGGCUGUUUUCAUCAAUGUGGCCAUUGCUUUGUAUUCUGAAACUGCCUUCAUAUCAACACACAAACUUCAAAUAGAUUGUAAACCAUAUAUGAAUCUUAUUGACAUGUGUACCAAAGAGUAUUACCCUAUGUGUGCAACUAACGGAAAAACUUAUUGCAAUAAAUGUGUUUUCUGCAAGGCACUGAAGUAAGAAUGCAAUAACCUGAAAAAAAUGUCUUCCUCUUUAGUAUGGAUCAAAAUCAUUUUCAUCCUGGCCUUGGUGCUUCCCUUUUAUUAUGAGACUACUUUUGCAUUUCCCAAAGAAGUUCAUCGUAAGCCAGACUGCAACAAGUACAAACCAUUCCCAAAUAAGUGUACCAGAGAAAGGAAUCCAGUCUGUGGGACUAAUGGACACACUUAUAACAACGAAUGUGUUUUCUGCAAUGCAAAGAUAGCUGCUAAAAAUAACAUUGAUUAUCAGCAUCAUGGUCCUUGCUGA